AUGACGCUCUCCACUGUCGGCGACUGCAUCGUGCCGCCGCUGGCCCUGCCGUCUCUCGCCGAGCUAGGGUCGCUGGUCCUCAGGCCCGAGCUGUACGCCUGGGACGGGGUGCUGCGCGACUGGACCGUCGUUGCCCCCUCCCCCGUGCAGGCGCCGCCGUCGCAUGCGUCCCCUUUGCACAGCCCGUCGUCGCCCCCUCUCCCCGCGCAGGCGCCGCUGCACGCCCUCGUACCUUCGCUGGUGUUUCCUUUACGCAGGCUGACGUCGCCCCCUCCCUCACCCGCAGGCGCCGCCGCACGCCCUCGUACCCUUCGCUGGCGCUGCUGCAAAACCACCAUCGCCGGUGCUCGGGCCGAGCCACGGAAGAUGCCAUGGCUGCCUCCUGCCAUGGACGGAUCUUUCGGUCCAACGGCUGGAACUUGCUGCGACAUCCUCUUGCCCCACUGCAAUUUUUUCUCUCCUACCCGUCCCGUCAUUUUCGCCCUUCUUCCCUCCUACCACCCGGCCACAUCGAUCGCCGCCAUUACUUCCGAAUUCGAGCUACGACACCACAGCACUACAUAUGCUGCAUCGACAUCGUCAAAUCAACCGCCCACCAUCCAUCCAUCGGUUUCGCUUCUUUCUGAGCUGAAGCAUCAAGCAUCCAUGAAUGCAGAGGGAGCAGGGAGGGGCCCCGUCUUCCCGGUGCCGCAGCAGCAGGCCCCGUCGUCCUCGUCGUCAUUGCCACCUUACUACUACUACUCCUCGUCGUCUUCAUCGUCUUCUCCGGCGACGACGUCCCGCCUGACGCACCACGUGACGCUGAGCUUCACGAGCCUGCCCAUCCUCGUGCUCACCGUGCUCGGCAUCCUCACCACCUCCGCGCUCCUCCUCACCUACUACGUCUUCGUCAUCCGCUGCUGCCUCACCUGGCACGCCACCUCCUCCGACCCCUCCAGCCCCAACUCCGGCGGGCCCAGAAGCCUCGUCGUCUCCCUCACCCGCCGUCGCCGCCCUCGCCGCAGCAGCGCCGCCGUUGACCAUGAGCUCCCGGUGGUGCACGGGCCGGAGCCCGACGAGGCUCGCGGCGGGCUCGGGGAGCCGGCCAUCCGAGCUCUGCCGGCUUUCAGGUACAGCAAGGCCGCCAAGGACGACGCUGCCGCCGCCGGCGACGCGAGCGAGUGCGCGGUGUGCCUCGGCGAGUUCCAGGAGGGGGAGAGGGUGAGGCUCCUGCCGGGCUGCCUCCAUGUCUUCCACGCCGAGUGCAUCGACACCUGGCUGCACGGCUGCGCCAACUGCCCGCUCUGCCGUGCCGCCAUCACCGCCGCCGCCGGCAAACAAGCUCCGUUGAUGAUGGACCGGCUGCCGAGACGAGAGGAGGUGGUCAUCCAGGUGCAGGUCGCCGGCACCGGAGAAGAAGAAGAAGACACACCGACACAGCAGCAGCAAGAAGAUGGCACGGCGGCCUCCAAGAGCAGCACUUGCUUCCAUGGAGAAUGCAGUGGCGGCAGCAGCCGCAGCAAUGAAGCACAUUGCAGUAGGUAGUGAUUCUAGUUAGUUGUCACAUUGUUUGGGGUGUUCAUAAUCUUUUUUGCCGCUUGCAAGAUUCAUGAAUGAUAGUGUAUCAGAAGAGGAGGAGCAUUUAUAUUAUCUCUAAUGGAGGAUAAUUAGUUGUCAUCA